AUGUCUGUCGUGUGGGACGAGAAGGCUGAUGCCCUGCUGCUACUCUCAAUUUUAGCAACCUCCCCAAAGGUCGACAUUACAGCUAUUUCUCAGAUGAUGGGCGGUGAAUUUAACCGUCUGGCCGUCAAGAAUCGCAUCGACCGAAUCAAGGCAAAGGCUAAGGCAGUGGCUGGCGACAUCCCAACGCCUCCAAACACUCCAGCAAAGCAGGCUGCGGGUAAGAAGCGCAAGGAUGAAUCGACUGAGGAAGCUGGCGUCGAGGAGAAGCCAGCUACUCGUAAGAAAGCGAGGAAGAGAGCUGUCAAGGUUGAGAAGAAGGAGGAAGACGAGUCUUAA